AUGUCUGAAUAUGAUAAAGUGAGAUCUGGAAAACUUGUUUUAAAAGGUGAAAAAAUAAGAACGAAAAAACGAAAGCUAAAAAAGCAAGAGAAAGAACAUGUUAUUACUUUAGAAGAUAAAGAUACUAUAAUUCAUGGUGGUUGGUGGAAAGCAUCACAAGUGUCAGAAGUCACAGGAACAGUUGCAAUUGAAUUUGGAAAUCAUAUUUAUAUGAAAGCUCUUGAUAAUGGGUUAUUUACCUUAGGUGUACCUCAUAACGAAGGUGAAGGACCUUUGCCAGAAGAAAUUCUAACAGCUUUUCCAAUAAGUGAAACUAAAGUUGCAUUAAAAUCUGGUUAUGGGAAAUAUUUGGGUGUUGAUAAAAAAGGUAUUGUUGUUGGAAGAAGUGAUGCAGUAGGCAUGAUUGAACAAUGGGAACCAAUAUUUCAGGACAAGAAGCUUGCUAUUUUAAAUAGCAACAAUUGUUUCAUGUCAGUUACAGAUGAGGAUGAUAUUAUUUGUCAGAGAAAAACUGCUGGAUCUUCUGAAUUUUGCAUUAUCAGAAGCAUAACUCAAAAAGCUCAAGAUCCAAACAAAGAUAUUCCAAAAGAGGAACAGGGUUCUCUUCAUGAUGUUGAAGUGAAUUAUGUGAGGAAGUUUCAAAAAUUCCAAGAUAAAAAGUUAAGAGUAAGUAAAGAAGAUUGUUCUAAAUUAGAAAAAGCAAAACGAGAAGGAAAUUUACAUGAAGCUUUGUUGGAUAGAAGAAGCAAAAUGAAGGCAGAUAGAUAUUGUAAAUAA